GCCAUGGCCGACAAGCUGGAUGCCAGAUUUGCCGAGGCUGGGCUCGGUGAGAGUGGUCCUCCAGACAUGGUCACGUUCAUAUGCGGGAAUGGCAAGUCUUACACCGAGCGUGGCAUCGACGAGGCCUUCCCCAACGGAAUACAGACCUUCACCCCGGACGUCUUUCCGAUCAUCGUCAGCAUGCGGUUCAAGAAGCGAGACCUCCUGCGUUCCGCGGACCUGCUGUGGCACACGAACUCCAGCAUCAGGGCGUCCAGCUUGAUCGUGGACUCGUACAACACGCCAGAGCUGCAGGGCGUCUACAUCCUUGAGAAGGACAAGUUGGCGAACGGCCUUCCUGUUUGGAGAUGCGAGGGGCAGGAUUGGUGGCUCUACAAUUCGCCCGCUUCCUUCUGGGGCAUCGGCGGGAAGGCGGUGGUAGCCGAGAACUUCAACUGCAACAUGGGUCGCGUUGUGUCCAUGAAGAGGGAGAAGGGCUUGAUGCCCUGGGAUGUCGAAGCCUGGCACUGGAGCAACGGCGAGACGUGGAAAGAGGACGAAGGCAUCAGGGUGAGCGUGGCGGACGUGAGCCUACCCGUCGGGUUCGUGCCCUUCCGUGGCGGCUCCUUCCUCCAGGUGAGGUUUCCCGCAGGCAAGUACGUCGCAGAUAUGCAGAUGAAGCUGCUGCUCGCAGAGUUGUCGCGGCGAGGGCAGCAGGGGGCGACGGACGAGAGUGAGGAAGGGCACGCCCGCGGGAGAGCGGCGGCGCAGGCGCAGGGUGAGAGCCAUGGGUGGUGA